AUGUCCUUCGUCGCCUGGAUAGCCAUCCCCGCCAGCAUGUCCGCCCUCGCCAGGUCUAUCGCCAUCGCCGUGCCCAUGACCUGGAUAGUCAUCCCCGCCUCCGCCGCCGCCAUAGGGCAGAGGGCGGUGGAGAAGGACGAUGGUUCUAGGGAUGUAGGAGAAGAUGUGGUAGUGUUGGUUGCACUUGGGAGCGGAGACACAACCGACGAGAAGGAGUACGACGAUGACGAAAGGCUGGUGUACCCACUGGCUGCUCCCACAGAGAUGUUACUGCCCGAAGCUGUGGAAGUGGCUUCAGCCGAGCUGAUGAUGGUCUGCGUCGUGCUGAGGGUGAUGGUGGAUGUGAAGUUCCCAGAAGAAGAGAAAGAGACGCUUGCGGGCGCGGCCGAAGAAGAAUAUCCCGUGCCCUGGCUCGACCAUUCAGUUGACGAGGCAUUACCCCAAGGUCCGGUGCCGGUCACAUUGAGAGGUCUCAAGGAAGAAGACGAUGUCGCGGAUCCAGAGACUAAGACAGGGCCGACCGAGGAUAUGCCAGUCGACAGAGGCACUGUUCCUGUGCCCUGGGCGGAGGAGGUGAUGGAAGUGCCAUUAUUAUAA